CCCCCCCCCCCCCCCCCCUCUCUGCAUAUACUCCCACUGCUCGGCGGGACAACACACUCAUGGUGGAUGCAAAGGGCCGGAACAUGAAAUGUCUGACCUUCCUCUUGAUGCUCCCAGAGUCCGUCAAGAGCAAGUCACCGAGCUCCAAGAGCUCCAAAAAGACAGUAAACAGCGGCAGCGCUGCCGGGGGCAGUACCGGGUCCAAGCUGCCUCCGGUGUGUUACGAGAUCAUUACCCUGAAGAACAAGAAGAAAAAGAAGAUGGCAGAUAUUUUCCCUAAGAAGCAGGGUGAAGGGUCGUCUGCCACCACGGUACAGGAGAACCAACAACAGAACCUGAAUAACAACAAUACCAUUCAGAAGUGUAACUGGCAGGGGCUGUACUCUACUAUACGAGAGAGAAACUCUGUGAUGUUCAACAAUGAGUUGAUGGCCGACGUUCAUUUCGUGGUGGGACAGACAGGAGGGACUCAGAGACUUCCAGGACACAGGUAUGUUCUCGCUGUUGGCAGUUCAGUGUUCCAUGCCAUGUUUUAUGGAGAGCUUGCGGAAAACAAGGAUGAAAUCCGGAUUACGGACAUGGAGCCUGCUGCAUUCCUGGCAAUGUUGAAGUACAUCUAUUGUGAUGAGAUAGACCUGAGUGCUGACACAGUGCUGGCCACGCUCUACACUGCUAAGAAGUACAUUGUGCCCCACCUGGCCAGAGCCUGUGUUAACUUUCUGGAGACUAGCCUUUCAGCCAAGAACGCCUGCGUCCUGCUGUCACAGAGCUGUUUGUUUGAGGAGCCUAAGUUGACGCAGCGAUGCUGGGAGGUGAUUGAUGCCCAGGCAGAGCUGGCCUUGAGGUCGGAGGGUUUCACUCACAUCGACUCCCAGACACUAGAGAGUAUCCUCCAGAGAGAGACCCUCAAUGCCAAAGAGGAGGUGGUGUUUGAGGCAGCUCUGAGCUGGGCCGAGGCAGAGUGUCAGAGACAGGACCUCACCACCUCCAUCGACAACAAACGCAAGGUGCUGGGCAAGGCCGUAUUCCUCAUUCGCAUCCCCACCAUGACAUUGGAUGACUUUGCCAAUGGUGCCGCUCAAUCAGGCGUCCUGACACUGAACGAAACCAACGACAUCUUCCUGUGGUACACCGCAGCCAAGAAACCGGACCUCCUGUUCGCCAGCCAACCACGGAAGGGCCUGUCUCCUCAGCAAUGCCACCGUUUCCAGUCCUGUGCCUACCGGAGCAACCAGUGGCGCUACCGGGGACGCUGCGACAGCAUUCAGUUCACAGUGGACCAACGCAUCUUCAUCGCUGGGUUCGGCCUCUAUGGCUCCAGCUGCGGAUCGGCGGAGUACUCGGCUAAGAUUGAGCUCAAACGCCAGGGCCUUCUCCUCGGACAGAACCUGAGUAAAUACUUCUCUGAUGGUUCUAGCAACACGUUCCCCGUGUGGUUUGAGUACCCUGUGCAGAUAGAACCGGAUAUGUUCUACACGGCCAGCGUGGUACUGGAUGGGAGCGAGUUGAGUUACUUUGGACAGGAAGGCAUGACGGAGGUGCAGUGUGGGAAGGUGACGUUUCAGUUCCAGUGUUCGUCAGACAGUACCAACGGAACCGGAGUCCAAGGGGGACAGAUACCUGAACUCAUCUUCUACACAUAAAUAAACCUAAUGCCUAAUGUGUACCUUCUGUGACCAUCCACAUGUCUGGUUCCGCGUCCACUCACCUCCUUGGAAAAGUAUCCCAUGAACAUGUGCGGACGGGAGGGGAACGUUCAAUAUUGCAACAUUUUGUUUGAUUGGCCUUAGUGCACAGUACGAAAGAGGAAGGUAUGAAUUAUGGACCAUACCAUUAGUUUGGCAGUAAAAUGACCUAGUGACCUCAUGGGUGGAAUGUAAUUAAUAUUUUUUAUAAUUGCAUAAUUAAUUAACAUUAUUUUGAAAAUCCAGUGUUUGUAUGUCAAGUGGUGUUGUGAUAUUUCAGUCUUCUGUGAUGUGUAUCAAUUGUAAUAUUGGGAUGCAAACUCAAAAUGUAAUACAUUUCAACUCGAUGUCUGACAUGAUACAGGUGUCUUUUUUUCAGCCCAUAACUAUGUGUGUGAGGUGUAUACCUUCGUAGAUGUGUUUACUGCUACCAAUAAAUACUCUGUGUGACCCUG